AUGGGCAUUUGCCUUUCACCCGGCACACCACCGCUGCCCAAAGUCGACCCCAAAGCAGAGUGCGGUCUCACAUCAAAGGGAAACAAGACAUGUCCACUGAAACUCUGCUGCUCAGAGUAUGGAUAUUGUGGAUUCGACGAGGUGUUUUGCAAAAAGCCAACUGGUGCUAUAGGCACCGGAUGUCAGAGUAACUGCGACAUGAGCUGGCCAAAGGAUAAAAAGAUUUGCUCAGGCACAUUGUCAAAAAGAAUCGGUUACUACGAAUCCUGGGCCGUCAACCGCACCUGCCACAACAGCGGCUUUCUACCUACACUCGAUGAUGACCAGGCAGUGCAGCUCCAGGAGAUGCACCAGAUGAAACAGAUCAACCCGGAUCUAAAAAUAAUUCUGUCAUUUGGUGGGUGGGCAUUCAAUGACCCAGGUCCGACAGAGCACCGCUUUUCUGAUUUAAUAUCCAAAUCAGACCGCCGCACAAAAUUCAACGAUGCCAUCUCGCAGUGGAUCGAGCAGGGUCUCAUUGACGGCGUUGACAUCGACUUUGAGUACCCGACAUCUGGUGAACAUGGCGGCCGCAAGCCCGAUUACGACAACUAUCUCACAUGGAUUAAAGAGCUACGAGAAAAGAUUGGAAAGGCAUCGCUGUCCAUUGCUGCCCCAGCCAGUCCUUGGUAUUUGCGCGGGUUUAGAAUUGAGGAAAUGACAGAGUACCUUGACUAUAUCAUAUUCAUGUCAUAUGACCUACAUGGCACAUGGGAUGCAAACAUCACGUCCCUUGGCCCUUAUCUCAACCCACACACUAACAUGACCGAAAUCAGAGACGCGCUCAAAAUCAUUGAGCGGGCUGGAGUAUCGUCAAACAAGAUUAUGAUGGGUCUCGGCUUCUAUGGAAGAUCGUUUGCAAUGAGAGACCCGGCGUGUAAUAAUCCUGGAUGCAUGUUUUCCACUGGAGGCACACCUGGUGAAUGCACAGAGACCAGCGGCUAUAUCUCAUACGGAGAGAUAAAAGAUAUGCUUGACAACAGGCAGGCCUACCACGUCCGAUAUGAUGAGCAGGCACUCGUCAAUAUAAUGCUCUAUGGCUACAACGACUACGUCUCGUAUGACAGCGAAGUAUCGCUAAAGGCAAAACUCAAAGAAGCGAAAGAUCUGUGUCUCGGUGGAGUCAGCAUCUGGGCUAUCGAUCUUGACGACCGCUACGGGUCGCUCAUUUCUGCAGUUUCUGGGCUUCCUUACCAGCCGCUGGAUGGGUCUGAUGGCGUCGAUACAUUCGGCGAGGAAGAUGAGGAUGACGAGGACGUGUUUUUCGACUUUUUCGAAAUUCAGGAUGUAGGAGAUAUCAGCGACGACAACUUUUUGAAGCGAAUCAAAGUCAGCAUGAGUCUCCGCGAGAAAAAGUACAUGCGGGACGAUUUCUGGGACAACGUCUUUGAUGAAGUGAACAGUGUUGUAGAAGAGGUGGGUGGACUGGCGCCAGAACGCAUUUACCAACUCUAUCUGCUUGCUGGAACACACAUGAUGCAGCAGCUGAUUGACACGGCAAAGGAGGAUCUGAAGGACCAGGAUAUGAAGGGAAAGUGGCAAAAGAAGUAUCAGAAAUAUAUGCGUGGGAGGGUUGAUGAACAGGUAAGCUAG